UCUAGGACCCAGGAGAAUAACUCGCAGGACAGUUUAUUUUUUGAGUGAUGAAAAGAACCUGCUCGCAUCUCCACGCAGAAGACUAAGGGGACUGAGCGAGUCAGCUGGCUAGUCUGGAUAGUCACCGCGCCGCCAAAGACAGAUAAAUUCACCCACAAUCCACUCGAGGAAGAUCUUCCCCCUUUUUCCUUCCAUCCCUCCCUCCUCAGACUCCCUCUCCCAGACACAGAGUCCGUAUUCAGAGCACCGGGACUCGGCUGGAGGAGCGCGUUUGGAUACGGGAGGUUUCUGGAGAUCACCAAGUAGGGCAGCAGCGGAGUGCGCCUUGUCUAAUCAAACGAUCAAUCAAUCAAUCAAUAAAUCAGCCGAAUCACAGCAAGGAGCUGACAGCCUCCUGCUUAUCCGCCUGCUCGAAUUCGAACCGAUUUCGUUAAAUAUACCGCAAAAGGUUGAUUUGAAAGACUGAUCAACCAGGGCUUGCUGCAAAUGUGCCAUUCCCGCGCUCAACGCUCUCAAUGACAACACGGUCUCUUACUGACGGAAACACUUUUGCCUUUGGAGAGGAAAACGGAGAGGGACACACAAGUCUGUUUAUGUCACGUUACUGCUGUUGGGACACUCUGAGUGACUAGUAUUAUUUCAAAUAGGCUAUUGAAUAGUUGAGGCUAUCGCUGGAGUCGUGAUCAGCGGGAAUGAGACUGAGGGAAUCCGCCGCAGCUCGGAGAACUGGGCUGGCUUUCGCUCGGGAACUACAAGGCUAGAUAUACAACUUUUGUGUUAGACUUUAUCUUUCUAUAUGGAGCGAUCAGCAUCGCUGGACAUCGAGGCGCUGAAGAUGACUCAGGAGCAGUACAUCCUGGCAUCUCAGCCAAACCCCCUUCAAAGGCCGGGAUGUGCUACUGUGUACCCGGUGGGGAUUUACGGCUGGCGAAAGCGCUGUCUCUAUUUCUUCAUCCUCCUCCUCCUCGUCACCAUGAUCGUCAACCUAGCCUUGACCAUAUGGAUUCUAAAGGUCAUGAACUUCACCGUGGAUGGCAUGGGAAAUCUCCGCGUAACCAAAGAGGGCAUCAGAUUAGAGGGGGUGUCGGAGUUCCUCCUUCCACUUUAUGUGAAAGAGAUCAAAUCCAGACGGGACAGUCCUCUGGUCUUACAGUCAGACCGCAAUGUGACGGUGAAUGCACGAAAUAACCUUGGUCAGCUGACAGGACAGCUCACUGUGGGCUCUGAGAUGGUAGAAGCCCAGUGUCAGCGGUUCGAGGUGAGAAGUAGUGAUGGCGAGAGAGUUCUCUUCUCUGCUGAUGAAGAUGAGAUCAGUAUUGGCACAGAUAAACUGAGGGUCACAGGCAACGAGGGAGUUGUGUUUAGUCAUUCAGUGGAAACGCCACACGUUCGAGCUGAACCAUUCCAAGACCUAAAGCUAGAGUCGCCGACGAGGACACUGACACUGGAGGCUCCAAAAGGUGUUGAAGUCAACGCAGGAGUAGGGGAAUUCAAAGCUUCUUGUAGGAAAGAUCUCACUUUAGAGUCUUCAGAAGGAGAGAUCUUUCUAAAUGCAAACUCAAUCCGUCUUGGAAAUCUUCCACAUGGGAGUGUGGACCCUUUGCUCGGUCCAGGAACCACGUACCCCAAACAAACUGUGUACGAGGUGUGUGUAUGUCCCAGCGGCAAGCUCUACCUGUCUCCUGCAGAGAGCUCCUCCACCUGCCAGACCACCAACAGUGUGUGUCUUUGGAGCUGAGAAAGGUGGGUGGGCCAUGGACCACCCAGCACCAGAAAGGCCUUCCUUCACCUUUCCACUCUUGCUCCUUCCCGUCCUCCUCUACUUCCUCUGACCUCUUUCCUUUCAUAAUACUUUUCUGUUAAGCCUUUCUUUUAUCCAUCCAUCCAUUUGUCUGUCAAAAUUCUGUCUAUCUAUCUAUCUGUCUAUCUAUCUAUCUAUCUAUCUAUCUAUCUAUCUGUUUAUCUCUCUGUCUGGCUGUCUGACUAGCUGUCUAUCAUAAACCAUAUAUCUGUAUGACUGUGUGUCUGCCCCUGCUGAAAAAAAACAAAACAAUAGAAACCAUCACAGAAAUUCUCUACCUGAUCUCAUGACGAAAACGUACCUGUAGGAACUUUUUCCGCAAGUUGCAAAAUGCAUACCAAUAAGUACAUAUCACUGCAGUUUCCAACAGAAAUGAACACUAGAGGUGGUAAAACAGCAAGCACUUGUAAUUGUUUUUGUACACAGUUAUAAUUACAGCUCCAUAUGUUUUGCUUUCCGGGCGUAAAAAGUAGCACAGAACUGGACUUAGGAGGGGGACAUGGACAUUUCACAUUGACUAUAUCAAAACAUACAUGACGGUAUGUAUUUUGUGUCUUGCGAAAAAAUUCCCACAGGUACGUUGUUGUCAUGAGAUCAGGUUGGAAAUUCGAAUGGUUUCCACUACAAAUACCACUACAAGCAUUACUAACCAUCAACUUUUCACCAUUAAAACCAUUAAAAAAUUGUCUCAUGUUGUGUGUUUUGGGACAUAUUUCAUUAGGAUUUAGUGGUUUUAGAAAACCAUCAAUAAAAGGUGACCAAUUAACAGUAGAGUCCAAAAGGCAACAUUACAGUUUCCAUUAAAGCUAGUACAAUUCCCAUUAUAACCAGUAAAACCAUUACAAAUUCUGUUAUGGUUUCUGUUUUUCGUUUUUUUUUUUUCAGCAAGGAUCUGUCUGUCUAUCUAGCUAGCUAGCAGUCUAUCAUAAAAGUGUCUAUCUGUCAGUCUGUCUCUAGCUAGCUAGCUAGCAGAAAAGCAUCUGUCUAGGUAUCUAACUAGCUAGCUGUCUAUCAUAAAAAGCGUCUAUCUGUCUGUCAGUCAGUCAGUCAAUCUAGCUAGCUAGCUAGCUAUCAUAAAAACAUCUGUCUGUCUAUCAAGCAGUCAGUCUAUGCAGAUAUCUAGCUAGCUAGAUAGCUGUCUGUCUGUCUGUCUAACUAUCUAUCUAGCUAGCUAGCUAUCAUAAAAGCAUCUGUCUAUCUAGCAGUCAGUCAGUCUGUCUAGAUAGCUAGAUAGCUAGCUAGCUGCACAUCAUAAAAUCGUCUGUCUGUCUGUCUUGCUACCCUGGUGAAGAAAACAGCAUAUGCUGGUAGGUAUGUUUUGAUGCUGGGAUGCUGGUUAGGUAGGUUUUGAUGCUGGUUUAAGCUGGUCCUUUGCUGGUUUAUGCUGG